UUAAACGCAGCAAAUGGCACGCUCACAGCUCAAUGCUCACUGCCGCUGACGGCCACUCUGGAAAGCAAGACGCACUCAUCUCUCAACAAAAAGACGCUUUCUGCAAAGAGGAAAUUAGUUAUUUUCCUCCCGGAGGGGAAGAACCGCUGGAUUCAGACUCAGAGACGGAAAGCUUUGAGGCAAAUGUCUGGUUCUGACUUCCACAGUCCCAGAUCUAAUUUGGUUCCUUGCUCUUAAACAUUUUGGGGGACCUCCUGGGCUUUACUUGAUCUUUUUGUUCUUGUUGUUGAGGGUUUUGCCGAUGACAAUGCCAGUGGUCAAAGUGGAGAAAGAGUCUCCGGCAGACACCACGUUGCCUUCCUCCAACCCUUCCCCGCAGACGGAGGAGCAGCCGCCCCGGGGCAGGAGGAGAAAGAGGCCUCUCCAGAGGGGGAAACCGCCGUACAGCUACAUCGCGCUCAUCUCCAUGGCCAUCGCCAACUCCCCCGACCGCAAGCUGACCCUGGGGGGGAUCUACAAGUUCAUCACCGAGCGGUUCCCCUUCUACAGAGACAAUUCGAAGAAGUGGCAGAACUCCAUCCGCCACAACCUGACGCUAAACGACUGCUUCAUCAAGAUCCCCCGGGAGCCCGGGCGGCCCGGAAAGGGCAACUACUGGGCGCUGGACCCCAACGCGGAGGACAUGUUCGAGAGCGGCAGCUUCCUGAGGCGCAGGAAGCGGUUCAAACGCUGUGACCUCAGCACCUACGCGUCGUACGUCCACGAGACGCCCGUCUUCUCUCCCGUCCAGAUCAGCAGGUCGGCUGCCUACUCCAGCUCGGUCUACCCCAACAUGGCGGUCAACCCGGCGUACAGCCAGCAGCUGCCCUCGGCCUACUACCCCUCCCCGUCGCCCCCCGGGUUCGCCCACGGUCAGACCCGCAUGUUCAGCAUCAACAACAUCAUCGGACACCCGAGCUCCGCCAGCAUGCUGGCGGGUCAGGGCCCGGAGAUGAUGCAGCAGCCCAGCCGGAGCUUCAGUCCGGAGGGCCUGACGGGCGGAUCCGCCGCCUGCAGCCUGGGAACGCCGGGCUUCCAGAGCCAGCCGUGCGGGGGAGCGGUGCCGCCGCGCUCCACGCAUCACGGGUUCACCUACUCCGGUCCUAACGGCCACGGCCAUCACCACGCCCACCAGGGCUCCUAUGGACAGGGUCACGGCCAGGGGUACGUGGCGGCGGGCCGGAUCCACGCCACGGCUCACGGCUCUGCAGAGACCAUGGACCAUUACGGCAGGGUUUCCCCGGUGCAGCUCGGCUCCUUCUCCCAAUACAACAGCGCGACGGGAGCCGGUACCAACGGCGGCGGGUACCUGAGACACCCGUCCUACCCGGGGAACAUGGACCGUUUUGUUCCUGCAAUCUGAGCCACUGAAAAAUGGCCCCCAGGCCGCGAGCCUCUUGUAAAAUACGGCAGUGACUUAAAAAGUGACGUCUACGCGCACAAACCCGGGUUUGCUUUCUGUUUAUAGGACAGAACCGAACAGACUGGGGAGAUAAAUGUGAUUUUAUUUUAGAGCCCAUCCUCCAGGCUGAUGGCAACUUCCUCUUUAACACAUUCUGUAAGUUUUUUAUUCAAAUGUACCUUUUUUCCCCCCUUUUCUUGGUCACAAUGUGAACGGAUGAAAUACCGAUAUAACAGAAUGUGUUAUGUUCAUAUAAAUUAUUGUUCUUCGUGGUUAUUGGCUGUACUCUGAUAAGCUUGUUUGCAAAGGAUUCAUUUUAAAACGUGUGCAUGUCCUUUUUUUUUUAAAUAAAAAACUUUUGUUUGCUUUUAUGUAAAUAAAC